GGUGAAUUUUGGAGGAGACCAAACACAACCCGUUCUCGCUCUUCACAUUGUCCUUGACCAGAAGGACCAGAAGCAGCUGAGGUGCAUAGGGCAAGAUGGAGCGCACUAUUUUGAGGAAGUCUCUCAUGGCAAGAGUGCCUAUCCGGCCGUCAAUGCCUGUCGCGAUCCAACGGCGAAGCGUGUCCCAGGCCCAGGCGUCGACAGAGCAACAGCAGAACCCGCACGUUAUCUUCGACGCCGAGGUCAACCCGAAUCUCGCCCCCGUCCUCACGGAGAUCCAGAACAAGAUUGUCCUCCCUUCCUAUCUCCCCCGGCACCAGCGUCAGCGCGUCUUCAACCCCAAGUUCCGCCACUCGCUCAAGACCAACCCGGUCAUCAUCGAAAUCGACGGCCUAGCCCACCGCUUCGAGCACAUCCCCCUCGAGGCCCGGCCGUCGACGCGGGCCUGCGUCUACAGCGCGCUGCAGAAGAUGGAGACGGCCCGGGACUGGUCCAACUUCAUCCGCCUCUUCGCCGGGCUGCGGCGCGCUCACAUCCACCUGUCCACCCCGAACUGGGUCAAGAUCAUCCGCCAGGUCGGCACGAAGCGCCACAUCUACGCCAUCAUCGACGCCGCCAGGCAGAUCCGCCGCACGGGCCUGGCGCUUGACGUGCCGGCCAAGCUGCACGAGGUACUCUUCUUCGCCCAGCUCAAGGCGCUCGAGGCCGGGUGGGCGAAGGAGGAGCUCGAGCAGGCCCUGCGGUGGUCCGUCAUCGUGCUCGACAUGGUGGCCGAUCCCCGUCACGAGAUGGCGGAGAGCCGCCGCCCGGCCUGGCUCGUUUGGCCUCUGGCCCGAGAUCCGUUGGCCCUGGCGGCGCCGCUGCACCUUGCGGCCGCACUGGCGGUGGGCCACCAUGGCGGGCAGGACGUGGACGGCCAGGUCGCGGCCUGGGCCAAGCAGGUCGUGGGCGUAUGGCCGGAGGGCAAGGGAGUGGUGGCUCUGUAUCCCGAGGCAGCCUACGAAGAUGCCAAGAACGGAGGUGUAGGCUUCCUCAAGGUGGGAGGAGACUACGUUGCCAAGGUUGCCAUGGUUCUGCACGGCCUGAAGCUGGCAACACAAGUGGUAGAACCCGCGCUGGCGGAAAAGCUACAGGGGAUCGUCAGAGCCGUUGAGCCGGAGCUGGCUGGGCGACUCGAGCAAAUGGCAGAGCUGCACGGGGACGGUCUGCCGGCACAAGUGUACAGCAAGCAAUUCGACAGCACAGGAGCGUUGAAGUUGGAGGUCAGUGUGGCCCCGUCGAAGGAGGGAGGAGAGACUGCGAGCGAGGCAUGAACAAGGGGCGACAAAGAAGAGGAAAGAGGAAAGAGGAAAGAAAAGAAGGAAAGAAAGCCUUCAUCCUCCUGGACCAAAGGAGCAGGCCAUGAUCGUUGCCUGGAUGAAAUAUGGCAGGCCAAGGGGGUUGGAUAUCCCAACACCCCCAACAGCAGCUCCCACCUUAAUCUUGGCGUUGGAAGAAGAGGAAAAAAUUGUACAAGUAGAACCUAGAUAUAUGUACCUAUACAGACAAAACAAAAUCCCCAACAAAAAUACCGAGGAGAGGAAGCAGAAACGACUCUUGCACCCACCUCC